CGCUCAGGGAAAGCUUUUCUUCUCCCUGCGAGCACCCUCCCCGCCUGCGAACACCGGAUACUCCAGCCUAGAAAAAGAGAGAGAGGAAAAAAAAGAGACCCCUGCACGGUGACGGCCGAGAGCGGCAAGAGAAGGACUCCUUCCUGCGUCGUGCUUCCGUCCCUAACCCGGCCUCUGGUUAGAAUUUGGUUCGUUUGGGUAUUUUUCCCCUGGCCGUUUGACUAUUUUUUUUGGUGUAACCGACAUGGUCGAUUAUCACGCCGCUAAUAACCAAUACUCAACGGGCGGGCCGCAGACAUACAUGGAGCAGGAAAACGACUGGGACCGGGACUUGCUCCUGGACCCGGCAUGGGAGAAACAGCAGAGGAAGACGUUCACGGCGUGGUGCAAUUCCCACCUCCGCAAGGCCGGCACACAGAUCGAAAACAUCGAGGAGGACUUCAGGGAUGGACUCAAACUCAUGCUGCUACUGGAGGUCAUCUCGGGUGAGCGGUUACCCAAGCCCGAGCGAGGCAAAAUGAGGGUUCACAAGAUCAACAAUGUCAACAAAGCUCUGGACUUCAUCGCCAGCAAGGGAGUCAAACUGGUCUCCAUUGGCGCAGAGGAAAUCGUGGACGGAAAUGCCAAGAUGACCCUGGGAAUGAUCUGGACCAUCAUCCUCCGCUUUGCCAUCCAGGACAUCUCUGUUGAAGAGACAUCGGCUAAGGAGGGUCUUCUGUUGUGGUGCCAGAGGAAGACCGCUCCCUACAAGAAUGUCAAUGUGCAGAACUUCCACAUUAGCUGGAAGGACGGCCUCGCCUUCAACGCUCUGAUCCACAGACACAGACCGGAACUCAUCGACUACGACAAGCUCAGAAAGGAUGACGCUGUGACCAACCUGAACAAUGCCUUUGAGGUGGCCGAGAAGUACUUGGACAUCCCCAAAAUGUUGGAUGCCGAAGACAUUGUGAACACUGCUCGUCCAGAUGAGAAAGCCAUAAUGACUUAUGUGUCCAGUUUCUACCAUGCCUUCUCUGGAGCUCAGAAGGCCGAGACCGCAGCCAACCGCAUCUGCAAAGUACUGGCGGUCAACCAGGAGAAUGAGCACUUGAUGCAAGAGUAUGAGAAACUGGCCAGUGACCUAUUGGAGUGGAUCCGUCGCACCAUUCCCUGGCUGGAGAAUAGAAAUCCAGAGAAGACCAUGUCUGAGAUGCAGCAGAAGCUGGAGGACUUCCGAGACUACCGUCGCAUCCACAAACCACCAAAGGUCCAGGAGAAAUGUCAGCUUGAGAUCAACUUCAACACGCUGCAGACCAAACUGAGAUUGGGUGGUAGACCUGCCUUCAUGCCGUCAGAGGGACACAUGGUGUCUGAUAUCAACAGAGCAUGGCAUACUCUGGAGGGUGCCGAGAAGGGCUACGAGGAGUGGCUCCUCAACGAGAUACGACGUCUGGAGAGAUUGGAUCACUUGGCCGAGAAGUUCCGCCAGAAGGCCUCCAUCCACGAAUCCUGGACCGACGGCAAGGAGGCCAUGCUGACUCAGAGAGACUUUGAGACAGCCUCGCUGUCCGAGGUAAAGGCGUUGCUCCGCAAACACGAGGCCUUCGACAGCGACCUGGCCGCCCAUCAGGACCGAGUGGAGCAGAUCGCUGCCAUCGCGCAGGAACUCAAUGAGCUGGACUACUACGAUUCUCCCAAUGUCAACGCUCGCUGCCAGAAGAUCUGCAUGCAGUGGGACAGCCUUGGAGAACUCACCCAGAGGCGCAGGGACUCUCUUCAGAAAACGGAGAAACUGCUGGAGUCCAUCGAUGAGCUUUAUCUGGAGUACGCCAAACGGGCAGCGCCCUUCAACAACUGGAUGGAGGGGGCCAUGGAAGACCUGCAGGACAUGUUUAUCGUCCACAACAUUGAAGAGAUCCAGAGUCUGAUCCGUGCCCACGAGCAGUUCAAGUCUACCUUGCCCGAUGCCAACAAGGAGCGCGAGGCCAUCCAGGCCAUCCACAGCGAGGUGCAGAAGAUCGCCCAGCACAAUGGCAUCAAGCUGAGCGGAACCAACCCGUACACCACCAUCACGCCACAGAGUAUCGACAGCAAGUGGGACCAGGCAGAGAAGUUGGUGCCUCAGCGUGACCGGGCCCUCCAGGAGGAGCUUCUGAAGCAGCAGUCCAACGACAACCUGAGACGUAACUUUGCCGAGCAAGCCAACGUGGUGGGACCCUGGAUACAGAACAAGAUGGAGGAAAUCGGCACGAUAUCCAUCGAAAUGAUCGGCACUCUGGAGGACCAGUUGACCAACCUGAAGGAGUACGAGAGCAGCAUCGUGAACUACAAGCCCAAUAUUGAACAGCUGGAGGGCGUCCACAAGCUCAUCCAGGAAGCCCUCAUCUUUGACAACGCGUACACGGCCUACUCCAUGGAGCACAUCCGCGUGGGCUGGGAGCAGCUGCUCACCACUAUCGCCAGGACCAUCAACGAGAUUGAGAACCAGAUCCUGACGCGUGACGCCAAGGGCAUCAGCCAGGAGGAGUUGUACGAGUACCGUGCCUCCUUCAACCACUUUGACAAGGAUCACAGUGGGGCUCUCAUGGCCGAGGAGUUCAAGGCCUGUUUGAUCAGUUUGGGCUACGACGUGGAGAACAAUAAGCAGAAGCGAUCGGGACAGAUGGUGGCAGAGGAUUACCGAGCUCUGCUCAUUUCUACAGGAAACAGCCUGGGCGACGCGGAGUUCGCCCGCAUCAUGGGCAUCGUGGACCCCAACAACACGGGCACCGUCACCUUCCAGGCCUUCAUUGAUUUCAUGUCUCGGGAAACCACAGACACGGACACCGCAGACCAAGUCAUUGCCUCCUUCAAGAUCCUGGCAGCGGAUAAGAACUUCAUCACUGCCGACGAGCUGAGGCGGGAGCUACCACCCGACCAGGCCGAGUAUUGCAUCGCCAGGAUGGCGCCCUACUCGGGGCCCGACGCCGUCCCCGGCGCCCUCGACUACAUGUCCUUCUCCACCGCCUUAUACGGCGAGAGUGACCUGUAAAGACGGUGGACGGAAAAGGGGACGGUAUGCACGGGGGGAGGGGGGCGUCGGGAAGUAAGUCGACUGCGACUUGCCGCCCCCGCGUGUGCCGGUUUGAAAGUGUUUGAGUGUGUCGAGUGAAGUGUAUUUGAUGGAAAGCCGUUUAUUCGAUAUCCUUGAUAUCCAACUUCAGGUAGUAGACAAUUCAGGACAUGAGUAGAACGACUAGGCAACACAAGUGGAAUAACUGUCUUGGAUUUUUUUUUUUUUUUUUUUUGCACUACUACUAGAGCUACAUUUGGCCUACUAGUGCAGAGUUGCAUACUAGUUGUGCAACCACGUUACUGUGGCAAACAAAAAAUGCCCCAUUUGACAACAUGUUGCUUUACUAGUAUGUCAAGGUUGUACUACUAGUGUGCAGAAAAAAAAGUGCACUCUGGUCAGUCAAAUUGUCUUAUAAAUCAGGACGACAUGCAUACAAGUACAUGAAAGCCAGUCAGGCAUUUACUUGAUAUCCUUGAAAUACAGCGUAAAGUUCAGUCCUAGUUCAAAGAAGAAAAAAGAUAGUCGUUCUGCUAAUGCGCUGAAUUGUCUAGUGAGGACAAAGAGUUUACAAAUAGAUGGACCUUCAGAUGGUUAUUGAGGAUAUGGAAUCAUUGCUCUCAAGGCUUCCUUCCUUGUUUUUUUUUGGGGUGGGAGGGAAGGGGAGGCACUUGUUAACUUAACCCUCUCUGCCUUUUUUUUUUUUUUUUUUUUGAGGCGGGUAACCUGUAUAAGUAUGCGAAAUUUAUUUGAUCAUUUUGGAUUUCUGACACGACUGCCGAUGUUUGUGUAUUAGGUCAUAGUUAUAUGCUGAGGCGUCCGGAUUAGGUGGAAGGGGAGGGGCGGGAUUUUUCGAGGGGGAAUUCGAUCAAUCUGAAAUGAAACCACGUAUUUACCCACAAUGCCCUUUGUUGCUGGAUAAGGUGACCAAUCUUGUUUCCCUUCCUUUUCUUGAUUUUCUUUUUGGAAUAGAGGGUGCUGUAAGGACACUGUAAAUAUGUUUCCUUCCUUUUCACAAUGACUAAUGGCACAAAAAAAGGAAAAAAUUGCCCAAUGAGUAACUGCCGUCAUCAUUUAAUCAAUUUUACUGAUCUGUGUCCUCAGCACCGUCUUCUUUCUUUUUCUCUUUUUACUUCCUCUCAUCCCCCCAUUCUGACCAGUCUUCAACAAAAAUUGUCCAAAAGGAAAUGAAAAAGAAAUCUAUGCAAUAUUAAUGAUGAUGAAUUGAGGGAAGGGGGGGUCUAAAUUGAUGGCAGAUUUUUUUUUCUGACUGUUUGUUUGCUUGUUUUUUUUUUUAUUUUAUAAAAAGGGGGCACAUAUUAGAGGAGGGGACAAACAGGAAGUCGCGUACAAAAAGACUCCAGGACCAAAAGCUUCUAGCUCUCUUUUCUUGCUUUUUUUCUUUCUUUUUCUUCACCUGGCAGGAGAAAUGAACUCUGGAAAUUGUGAUUUUUUUUUUUUCUCCCUUUUUUGUACUCUUUAAUAAUAAUGAGAAACCUUAUCUGCUGUACUGGAAACUGCAAAAAGGCCUUUUUUUCUGUCUAACCAUGAUGAUGAUGAUGACGACGAUGAUGAGUGAUGCUCACCAAGCACACAUAAAAAGUUUCCUUACAAAAAAA